AUGGCAGCUCUUGCUGCGCACCGCCCCCUGACCACAGGGCCUGACGUCAAGUGUAACCACUGCGGCGAGGCCUUCCCUGACCAGGCCGCAGUCCUAGCAAGCAAGGCCCCCGAAAACCCCCAGGCUUACCAGCAAACCCAUGCUGGUCAAAAGUUUGGCUGCCCCCCCCUCUUCGACUUCCAAAUCACAGACAUCUUGCUGUGCAUUCUCCACACCCUCCUCAGACUCUCCGCGGUAGUCUUCAAACGCACGAUCACAGCAAACUGCGACACCCAAGCCAAGGUUGACGCCAUCAACUCCUUCAUCAAGGAAGCCCAUCUGGGCUGCAAGAAAAUCAAACUGAAAAAAAAAGACGCCCGCAAGACCAAGGACACCGAGGACAUCAACUUUAUUGGCAGGGAGGCCAGGGUGCUCAUGCACCCAGACAUGUACAACACGCUGCUGACCAUCGCCAUCGAGGACCCUGGGAAGAGAGCUUUGAACGAGAAAGUGUGGGCGGGCCUGAGCACCUACAACUCAGAGCUGCUGAAGCCCAUGCUGAACCCGGCAGACGCAGCAGAGCGCUUGGUGAAAAGCGGUGUUGUUCAGGAGAAGGGAGUGGGUUUCCUGAGAGCAUUCUCAGACGUCGCUGGGGUGGAAAACGCAACACUCUACUGUCACAUGGCGGUCACCCACCUGCCAGAGAUGGUGCGGGACACGGGGGUGGACCUGUCGGAGGUGUCCCAGCAAGCCCUGGAACACGCUCUGAAGCAGGGCAAGAGCGACAUGCGAGACUUCUCCAACAAGCAGCUGAUAGGCGAGCACAUGGGGUUGGGGAGAAAUCAGCAGGUGAUGGCAAAGGAGCGGGAGAGAGUGCACUUGGAGCAGAGGGUUGAAAUGCCCCUGUCCCGCAAUGUCAGAAGGCAGCUGGGCGACGGGUCGAAGGAGAUAGACAAAGCUGUCGAGCGGGCAGAGAAGAAGGGGCUCCUGGUGAGCAAAAGUCAGCAGCAGGUUGACAAGCUGGUAGCCAAAGGGAAGCAGAAAAUGGACGAGUUGGUGGCGGGGGUGUUGGAGGACAGGCUCACCUUGCCCCCUAUCCCAGAGGAGGAUGCAGCGCCUGCAGUCCCUGCGCCUGCGCCUGCUGCGCCUGCGGAGAUGGAGGCCCCCUUGCCUCUCCCCUUGGCAGCAGCUGAAGGCCUCGAGGUGCCGGCGAUCAUCCUCGAGACAGCACCAGGGGACAGCACACUGCCAUCCCCCAGCACCAUCGGGUGCGGCGGCGAUGCUGGGGCGCGCGGGGCGGGCAGGGGCGGGGCAGCCAGGGGGGCAGCCAGGGGAAGGGCCAGGGGGACGUUCAUAGGUGGCCGGAGAGUACCUAAGAAUGCGAGAGCAUUGUAG